AUGGCGGAGACUAAAAUUAUUUACCAUGUAGACGAGGAGGAAACUCCUUACUUGGUGAAAUUGUCAGUCGCUCCUGAGAAAGUCACACUUGCAGAUUUUAAAAAUGUCCUCAACAAUCGUCCAGUCAAUAGCUACAAAUUCUUCUUUAAAUCAAUGGAUCAGGAUUUUGGGGUUGUCAAGGAGGAAAUCUCAGACGAUAAUGCUAAAUUACCCUGCUUCAAUGGGAGAGUGGUAUCUUGGCUGGUGUUGGCGGAGAGCUCCCACUCCGAUGGUGUUUCCUUAUGUACAGACAGUCAUACGGAGCUCCCUCCCCCUCUGGAGAGGACAGGGGGCAUCGGAGACUCCAGACCUCCUUCAUUUCAUGCCCACGCAGUGAGCAGCCGAGAUGGUUUGGACACGGAGACGGGGAGUGAGUCCCUCCUUAGCCACCGCAGAGAGAGAGAGCGAGAGAGGACAAGACGGAGAAGGGAGGAGUUCCCUCGUGUGAAUGGCCACUCCAAAGCUGAGCGAGCGGUCCGAGAUACGGCCAUGGGCUGUGACAGUGCCUCUAUGAUGAGCAGUGAGCUGGAGUCCAGCUCUUUCAUAGACAGUGAAGAAGAUGAGGAUGCCAGCAGACUCAGCAGUUCCACAGAACAGAGCUCCAUCUCUCAGCUCAUGAGGAGACACAAGCGGCGUCGCAGGAGACACAAAGUGGCCAAAAUCGACCGGUCCUCCUCAUUCAGCAGUAUCACCGACUCAACCAUGAGCCUCAACAUCAUCACUGUUACUCUAAACAUGGAGAAGUACAAUUUCCUCGGCAUUAGCAUAGUGGGCCAAAGUAACGAUCGGGGUGACGGAGGCAUCUACAUCGGCUCAAUAAUGAAAGGUGGAGCAGUAGCAGCAGAUGGGCGGAUAGAGCCAGGAGACAUGUUGCUUCAGGUGAAUGAUGUGAACUUUGAGAACAUGAGUAAUGAUGACGCAGUCAGAAUCCUCAGGGAGAUUGUCUCUAAGACCGGUCCUAUCAGCCUCACAGUUGCCAAAUGUUGGGACCCAUCCCCUCGUAGCUACUUCACCAUACCAAGAGCUGAACCGGUGAGGCCAAUCGAUCCUGCUGCCUGGAUCUCCCACACCACUGCACUGACUGGCUCUUACCCACAAUAUGAGUUUGACGAUCUCCCGCUGACAGCAGGGAAGACAGACAUGGCUACUAUUGUUAAGGUCAUGCAACUUCCAGAUUCAGGCCUAGAGAUCAGGGACAGGAUGUGGCUCAAGAUUACCAUUGCCAAUGCUGUUAUAGGUGCCGAUGUUGUCGACUGGCUUUACUCACGGGUGGAGGGUUUUAAAGAUCGACGUGAUGCCAGGAAGUAUGCCAGCAGUUUGCUGAAACAUGGCUACCUGAGACACACUGUCAACAAGAUCACCUUCUCUGAGCAGUGUUACUACACAUUUGGAGACAUUUGCCAAAACAUGGCAUCACUGAACUUGAAUGAGGGAUCAAGCGGAGGAGGCUCGGAGCAAGACACGCUGGCACCUCUCCCUCCUCCGGCCACAAACCCUUGGCCAAUGGGUGGGCAGCCCUACCCUUACCCGAAUUUCCCCACAGCACCCCCGGGCUUUCCCCCGGGAUACUCGGACCCUUGCCACAGUUUCCACAGUGGCAGUGCGGGCAGUCAGCACAGUGAGGGAAGUCGCAGCAGUAGCUCAAACCCCAGUGCAGGGAAAAACCAGCAACCUAUGUCCAGAGAAAAGGACCGGAAAUCUACUGGCAGUGGUGGCAGCGAAUCAGAAGUUGGCACUAGAGGAGGCGGGAAGCGGGGAGAACGCUCAGCCAGUCAGCUAAGCCACCGUAGCCACACCCUUUCAUUGCAUAGCCACGCUCACUCCGGACACAGUUACAGCCACUCCCAACGCAGCCGUGUGCCCUCACAGCACAGCCGCGCCUCCUUCUCCUACAGUCACGCCUCCUUCUCACAGCACGGCCGCACCUCCUGCGCACACAGCGAGAGGAGUCACGCCUCUUCCUACGGACCCCCUGGCCUGCCGCCUCCUUACAGCCUUGCCCGACUGGCCCCUAAGGGAGCAGUCUGCAGUGGGCCCCCAGGAGCUCCUCCCAUUAGAGAAUUAGCGGCCGUCCCCCCCGAACUUACCGCCAGCCGUCAGUCUUUUCAGCACGCCAUGGGAAACCCCUGUGAGUUCUUUGUGGAUAUCAUGUGAUUACAGGGCAGUGCCUGUUCGCAAACACAUAAGUCUCUGAGUUAAGAUCAGUGCAUGCAUGCACUCAGUAUAGAUACAAGCUUCAGAAAUGCAUUGAGUGUCAGUAGAAAUAGUAUG